AAUUAUACAGGGUGAGUUUUAUUUUGGGAACCAGUCCUUUACCAUGAGAGAUAGGUUACCGACCGAAACUGUAGCCAGCCCGGCAAAAAAUGGAAAAAUCUCGUUAUACAUGUCUCAAUAAUGUAAUAUCUAAUUGUACCUCGAGAAAUAUAAGUAGAUAUUACAUGACUGAGACGCAUAUAACGAGAUUUUUUCCAUUUUUUCUAGGUUUGGCUACAGUUGCGGUCGGUAAUUCAUCUCCUAUGGUAAAAAGUUGCAACAACUGCUCUGAUUCACUCUGUAUAAUUAAGAUUCACCCUGUAUAUUUUAUAUGCUUACGCACGAAAAAUUCUUUACCCGUAAUUCAUAAGGAAUUUGAAAAAAGUGAAUCCGCUCAUGUGAAUUUAAGCUCAUAAUGACCUCGUUUUCUAUCGCUGCACUGGUGAAUCAGUGCCAGCAAUUAUUUGAUCAAUUAUCCGUAUUAUUUAACAAGUUGACUGGAGAGAUUUCUCGAUCGAAGCCGUUCCUCUGCGAGAAUCGAAAUCUGUUGUCCCGUGAUUUGCGCGCGUUCCGAAAACCACCGAGAUAGGCGCCGCGCACUGCCUUCGAAUUAUGCCAUUUACCGACGCGAUGACCGGAAACCUGGCUUUCCGUGGGUUCGAUAUUUCGUCAAUUGCGGGCUGCGAUAGGAUCUCGACGGGCUCCCCCGAGGACUGGUUUGGGCGCGGGCGAAUAAUUCCGGCACCAAGAACCUCUGCCUCAUGUGAUGAGCAGCGCAUGUGAGGAUUCGUGUCCUUGGACGAACUAUUUGUCGGAGGCGAUCAAUAAGUGCGUGCUCAACCUGUUAUCGUUUCUGUCGACGACGUUCGGUCUAACCUUCAAUUUCGGCGACGUCGUCAUCCUCGAUGACGAGACGUCGUUGAAGCUCCGCGAGCUCCUCCACGGGCUGCUGGCACUGCUCUCGUUCGACGACUUUCAGCUGCAACUGCUCAAGGUCUUCCUGCUGACGUUCGCGAGCAGCGUGGCGUUGAUCUUCGUCGCCUGGCACGUUUAUGGCUCCAGAAUUACGGAGCAAUUCAUGAAGACAGUGGCAAAUUCGCCGUUGGAUCGUGUAAUCUCGCGAGAAAAGAUUUGCGAUUGAAUUUAUUUGUAUCUCUGAUAUUCAUAGAGGCGCUGCCGAAGAUUGUAAUUCGUCAACCGAAUAGACUUGUAUCGUACAUUCAGGCUAGAUAGCGAUCUUACAUCUAAC